UUUCACAUACUCAGAUUGUCCCUCUCUUCGUGCAGUAGAAAUUACGGUCGUGUAUCAUGCUACUUUUUCACAACAAACAUUCGGAAAAAGAAAUAGCUAUGAAUAGGGAAUUGUUUUAAACAUAUUCAAUUAUAGUAGUUAUUAUUGACGAAAAGGUAAUUUGAGCUGUUAUGAUUUGUCCUGGAUAACGCAAAAAAACCGUGUCAACAAUCUAGCCAACUUCAUAGCCUCCCUCGACAGUCUGCACUACUACUGCAGCUAGCUAAAUGUACUUUCAAUGUUAGUAUUUAUCUAGCUAACUAGCAACUCACCAGAAGACAUCCCAAAGAUUCGUAUGAGAUAAGUCUUCAUCCCUUCUCAAGAUGUUUGCAGAGCUCAACAGUAUUCUCAAUARUAGUCCCGACAGCUUCAAGCCGGGAGAGUUUAUUUUAGUGUCUGACAAACAUACAGACGCGUCCUUCCUCAUUCACCAUUUCCUCUCAUUUUAUUUACGAGCGGGCUGUAAGGUGUGUUUCCUGGGUCUUGUGCAGUCCUUCAGUCACUACAGUGCAAUCAGUCAACGGUUGGGUGUGAGUUUGACCCAGGCAAGGGAGAAAGGGCAGCUGGUGUUCUUAGAGGGACUAAAGGAAUCCUUGGGGGUACUGCUUCAGGGGGAGGCCAGCAAAGGAACCCGGACAAUGGACUUCCUCAGAGAUCCCAGUUCUGGCCUGCGGGGUCUAUAUGACUUUGUGCGGGACAAUGUAAGGGGGGCAGUGGGUGGAGGUGAGGAGUGGGGUACCCCUGUGCUCCUGGUGGAUGACCUCAGUGUGGUCCUGAGUCUGGGGGUCAGUGUUGGGGCAGCGCUGGACUUCAGUCAUUACUGCAGAGCCACUGUCUGCUCCGAGCUGCAGGGCAGCAUGGUGAUGUUGGUGCGAUGUGAGGCAGAAGAUGAAGAGGAGGAGAGUGAUGAUGAAGGCUCAGAGCGGCUCCUGAGGGGCCUUAUACACCAGUGCAGCCUCACACUCCAAGUACAGGGUCUUCCCACCGGCUACUGCAGGGACAUCCACGGACAAGUGGAAGUGUGCUGGCGAGGACAAUGUGACAGGCAGCAGACCCAGAAGAAACUCUUCCAGUACAAGGUCCAUGACAAGGGGGCUUCCUUUUUCGCCAGGGGGAUGUCCAGUGCAGUCCUUUAAGCCCUCAAUGGAUCCCUUCUACCUCCCUUCCCAGUGUUGAUCCCCAUUUCAUCACCUCUCAGUCGCAUGGCUCUCUGGGCUCAACCAUAGAGAAUGAUAGAGGCCUCUAGUGGCCAAAAGGCUAUAUUAGCAUGUGCAGCUAUUAGGCCUCCACCAUUUUAAAGUAGUCAACCUCAUAGAACUUCCAACUUCAUUGGCUGAUGAAGGUGACUCCUGGUGACUCUGUUGGAAUCAUGUCCAACUGGGUCAUCAGAAGGGAUCAGUCAAUUGUGAAGAAGAAAAUGGACUACUUCAAAAUGGAGAUGCCUCAAUGGAGCUGUCUAUGCUGUCAUAUAUGUAAUGGCACAGCUACAAAGAUGGCCAUGAUCAUGAAACAGGUCGCGAUCAGUUUUGAACUGGAGAUGUGGUAUUGAAUUGAACAUUGGAUUUCCGCUUUAAAACCAACCCAGCACAUGCAUUACAAAGCUGACAUAGGAAGCCUGGGUGAAUAGGUAAUUUCUCAAGCGACAUGGGAACUGACUUGACUAGGUUGCACUUGUGUUAUACAAAACAAAAACAAUAAACGGCACAUUUAAGA